UUUCCCUUAUCUGUGUUUGCUGAAUCAGAUAACAAAAGGCUGUGUAGCUUUCCACAAGAUUAGUUGCCCUACAGCAAUGUUAUGCACUAGAGCUUGCUGAGUGAAUGCUGUACUAUUUUAUACUGCGGAUGGUAUACUUGCGCAGUAUUCUAUUUCUGGCGCCACUGAAAGUGCAAUACAAAUUUGACGCAUAGAUUUCAGCAAGAGCAUCCUAAUCAUAAAAGCUGCAUUCAGCUCUUUGGCGCUAAUAUGGAAAAUUUAACAAAAUCAAAAAUAUACAGACGCAAAGCAAUCCUCGCUCAGACAUUCCUUACAACUGCUGCUCUCUUAGUUACGGCCAAUAAUGGAAUGACAGCUGGUUACUCUGCUUUAUUACUCCCACAGAUUCAGGCUGAAAAUAGCACUCUUCCAACUACAGAAGAACAGGGCUCAUGGAUAGCCAGCAUUCACUCAAUUGUUACUCCCAUGGGUUCACUCUUGUCUGGGCCAUUAAUGGAGCGAUUUGGACGCCGUACUACCCUGCUUUUUAGCCUUGUGCCUAGCUUACUGGGGUGGAUGGCUAUUUACAUGUCAAAAACGCAUGCUGUAUUACUUAUUGGAAGGUGUUUCACGGCUAUUACUACUGGACUGUCAGCUCCGCCUGCUUUAGUUCUGCUUGCAGAGACUGCAGAGCCAAAAUUAAGAGGAUUUUUAGUUGGGGCUCCUUCAACAAGCUUCUCAAUAGGAAUUCUCAUGAUUUAUGUAUUGAAUUCACUCUUGCCUUGGCAAAUGGUCGCCCUUGUGGCUGCAACUGUUCCUUUUAUGGCGUUUGCCUCCUUCUUUGUGCUUCCUGAGAGUCCAUUGUGGUUGGCAAAGGCGAAUAGGAACAAUGAGGCAGCAAGCUCUUUGACAUGGCUCAGAGGUGGUGAUGCUGGGAAGGCCAGGCAAGAGCUUGAGCUAAUGGAACUACAACAACAGCAAAAUAAGAUGAGACAAGAGGCUGGUACAAACAAAACAAGCACUUCUCCACUUCUGUCUCAGCCUAUCUUACGAGCACUUAUGGUUGUCAAUGUAUUUAAUUUCUUCCAAGUGAUGGCUGGCACAUUCACAAUCAUAUUUUACGCUGUCAGCGUCCUUCAGCAAGCAACAGGUGGACAAGCUACCGACACUGAAAUUGCUGUGUUUACAGCUUUGUCCAGAGUAGUUCUUACUUCCAUCGCUUGCUUCAUGCUUCUCAAGAUUGGCCGGCGUCCAAUGACUAUUUCAUCGGGCAUAGGAUCUGGCGCAGCAGCCUUGAUUUUAAGUUUUUGGCUAUUGUGGAUGCCCGAGAUGGAAAAGUUGGCCUGGGUUCCUGCAGUUCUAAUCAUCAUAUAUGUUAUAUUCAAUUCCUAUGGCUUCUUCAUGAUACAGGGCCUGAUGAUUGGAGAGAUGUUUCCUGCGAGGGCAAGAGGGCCUGCUAGCGGAGUAACCUGCGCUGCGAUUAAUGUACUUCUUUUCCUUACUUCAAAAACAUACCCAUGGAUGACCCACGCACUUAAGCCAGCUGGACUCUUUCUGCUUUUCGGCCUGAUGACUGUAGCAGGCACACUGUUUGCCUAUUUUUUCAUGCCAGAAACAAAGGGCAAAACACUGGCUGAGAUUGAAGAGUACUUUAACGGACCCUCCGUAUUCUGGAAGAAGAGAAAUGUUGAUGAAAUUAUCAAAGGCGAAGAGAAUGUUGCACUCAAACCUUGA